GGCUCCAAGCGUUGAGCAGAGCCGAAUAUAUAACGGUCGCGAAAGUGUUAACAAUAAUUAGACGAUUAGUUUUUGGAGGAGGAACUGCUUGAUAAAUUUGAAAGUAUAUACCAAUUACAAGCAAUUGUCACCUUAAGGUUGCAUAAUCGUUGCAUUUCCUAAGCAUCUCGAAACCAUCUCGAAAAAGAAGCAUCGAACGUGUCGAUUAAUCGACAUCGAAUGUUAGCCAUAUCUCUCUAAUGACGAACGCGACAGCGACAGGUAUAUGAUUAACCAACGUUACAUACACGGUUUUGUUGACUGAAGAUAUUUUUUCACGAGAAAAAUGGCCCGAGUCGUAGCAGUGAAGGAAUAUCUCGAGAAAGUGUUGAAGGACGAGAGCAAGCCGUGGGCGAAGUUGUACGCUGCUGCGGAGGAGAAGACCGGCAUUGAUCGGCUGUAUCUUUUCAUCGUUUCCUUGGUGCUGUUGGCCAUAUAUUUGGUAUUUGGACUCGGGCAACAGUUAGUAUGUAACAUAGUUGGUUUUGUUUAUCCUGCAUACCAAUCUAUGAAGGCGCUGGAAAGCUCCAACAAAGAGGAUGACACAAAGUGGCUUACUUAUUGGGUCGUUUUUGCUGUAUUUACCAUAGUAGAAUUCUUUUCUGAAUAUAUUGUCUGUUGGUUUCCAGUCUACUGGCUAUUCAAGUGUAUAUUUUAUGUAUGGUUGAUGGCACCAACCGAGUACAAUGGUUCCUUGAUUCUAUACCGCCGCAUCAUCCGUCCAAAGUUCAUCCAAUAUCAACCUGGAUUAGACAGAUUUUUGUCUAAUGCCCGUGAUACAGCAGUUAAAUCUGCAGCAGAAGCGCUGCUGACCACCAAGCAGGAUUAAUGGACUGCAAUUUGAAUCAAUAGAAAGUCCAUUUGUGUCUUUCCCUUUUUACUCAUUCCCAACAGAGAGAACGUGAAUUUUAUGCUUCGCUGAAUAUUACUGUGUUCCAUAUUUUGUACAGAGUACAAACACAAGAAGUAAUACUAAGAUAAACAUAAAUUUUAAGUGUCCAAAUACAACAAACAUUUGUUAAUGAGAUUGGAUAAAACUAAUUACUCGAAAUUAUGAGCAAAUAAUGAAUACAAUGAAAAGAACAGAAAACUUAUCUUUUCGAAAAAUAAAUUAUCUGUAAAAUAAAAUGUAAUAGUUUGGAUUUAAAAUUAAAUUAAAAAAUAAUUUUAAAAGAGUUUCAGCGUGGUAUGAAAAUAGGCGUUUUGUUUUCAAUCGUUUGGUAGUGAUUUCGAUUUGAAAACAAAACAUUGGAGUGUUUUUGCAUUGUAGGAUAGGCUCGUCGAGUGUGUCUUUGCCAUCCUUUGUGUAAUUAUUGUUGAGGUAUAUGUAUAUAUACACAUCAACAUAUUUAGUGUACUUUAUUUUAUAGAGGAGUGUUUCACCAACGUAAAACUUUGAUCAUUUCAUUUAACUCUUUGUCUCUUUACAAAUUAGCUAUUUCCUUAAGUAUUACUGUUAAUCAUGUACGCUAAUAAUUUUUCGAUUUUUCAUCCUAAAAUAUUUGAAAUAUCAAUUUGAAUUAGAUAAACUUGAUGUUGGUGAAAAUAAAUUUAUAAUCUAUUUUACUAGAUAAGUCUUUAGGCACAAUUGAUAAGAAGCGUGCGUUUAAAAGUUAUUACAAAGUUACUAGAAAUCGAAUUGGAAGUAUUAUAUAAAAUACAGAAAUAAUAUGUAAUAAUCCGAUAAAUUGUACAAAGAAGUUUAUCAAAUUUUUAAUAAAAACUGUUGCCA